AUGGAACAAGUCCCAGACCCACCUGGCACUUCUCCGCCUGAGGUCGACGUCAUGGACGUCUCCCCGGCCAAUCUGAACGACGCCGUUUCUCCCACCACUUUGAACGACGGGGAGAAUGACGAUCGCAUCCCCAAAUCAACAUCACUCCCUCCCGUACAUCUCCAGCCUUCGUUGCGCCCCAACCCCACCGCAGAAACUCCCAAUUUACAUCCGUCUCCUUUUCCAGACUCUGCGGCAACAGGCCGUGUUCCCCCCGUCGUCCACGGUCCGCACCCAGCUCCUCCCAACCCCAUUGCGAUUCCUCCAGAGGCCAAGCCCAGCGCUACACACUUUGUCUACGUACUCAGGAGGUACAAAACUAUUCAGGAGAUAAAGGUUCACUCUCCAUGGCAUGUGUUUGAUGGAUACAAAUGGAGGCUGCUUAUAUUCCCACGGGGAAAUCAGCCUAACAGCCAUGAGCUCUCCGUCUAUCUCGAGUGCGGAGGACCGGUCAAUCGUUCUGAACAGCCUCAUUACGCCCAUCAAAACGCCAAGGGUCCCAACGGAAAGGAAGCCGCCAUGACCCCCAUGACUCCUGUGACUUGGAGUCGACCGGCCAAAUUCUCUCUGCUUCUUUUACAUCCGUCGUCCCCCAUUGCGAAGAAAUCUGUUCGCACUCCCCCUGAUCGCGAGCGGGCAUUGUCUGGUUUGGACGGUGUAGAAUCCAACUCGAGCAAUGUUUCUUCCCUCAAGUCAAUGGGGAGGAGUCCAACCGGCGUCUCUGCGAUCCAGAAACCAGACAUAACCAAGGAAACGUCACACAAUUUUAAAGAGAAUGCGAGCGAUUGGGGCUUUCUCGAAUUUGCGCCCUUUAACGUACUUGAGCCCACGCAAUACGCUGACGAUGACAUGAAUGUUGUCAUCAUGGUACGCAUCCGCUUGGUGGACAACACUGAGAGCAACAUGUUUAACAGUACGCAAAAUACAGAUUCGCGAAAAAGCACCGGGUUUGUUGGUUUUAAGAACCAGGGCGCGACUUGUUACAUGAACUCAUUACUUCAGACCUUGUACAUGGUGAGCGCAUUUCGUAAGGCUGUUUACAGCAUGCCUCUUCCCCAUUCCGGCAAUGACAACUCCGGAUCGGAAUUAUCGUAUGCUUUACAGAAAGUGUUUUACGAACUACAGACUUGCCCGACCGUGGUCAAGACCAAGCAACUCACGGAGUCUUUUGGGUGGGAUACGACCGACGCCUUCACACAGCAUGAUGUCCAAGAGUUGAAACUCAUGCUGUGUGACGAGCUUGCAGAGAAGAUGAAAAAGAUUGCUCCAAACAAACCUAACACUCUCGCGACCUUGUUCGAAGGCAAGCUGCUCAACUACAUUGAAUGCGUCAAUGUCGAAUACAAGUCUACUCGAGAGGAACUCUUCACUGACCUCUCGGUUAACGUGAAAGGCUGCCGAAAUAUUUACGAAUCCUUUGAUAAAUACAUCGAAGUUGAAAUGAUGGACGGCGACAACAAGUACAGGGCUGACGGUCAUGAGGAAUUGCAAGACGCCCGAAAGGGAGUGAAAUUUUUAAGCCUUCCGCCAGUUCUUCAGUUGCAUUUGAAGCGAUUCGAGUAUGAUUUCCACAGAAACGCAAUGGUGAAAAUCAAUGAUCGAUAUGAGUUUGAAUCAGAGUUGGACUUGGGUCGGUAUGUGGAAGGCUCGGAUGGUAAUGACAUAUACGUGCUUCAUUCGGUCUUGGUGCACAUUGGGGAUGUCAACGGUGGCCACUAUCAUGUCUUCAUUCGUCCAAACAUGAACAUGAUGGACACCGAUCCUAAGAAAGCGAGCCAAUGGUACAUGUUUGAUGACGAAAUUGUGACCAAGGUCACCGAUGAAGCAGCUAUCCAGGACAACUUCGGUGUGGGCGGCGAGAGAGACUCUUCAUUAAGACGAGGUAUCGACGAUGAUAUUUCGACCACUGGUAUGAACGGCAUUCAAACACAUCCUCCGAGUGUCAUGCACCCUCGAACCCGUAAUUACCAGAACCGCCGUUUUUCCAACGCCUAUAUGUUACAAUAUUUGCGAAAGUCUGAUAUUCCAUCCCUGCUAAAAGCACCAGCUCAGUCUGAUGUUCCCAAAGAACUGGCUCAAAGGAUAACCAAGGAGGUCGAGGAAGAGCAGCAAAGGCUACGAGAUAUGGCAGAGCAGCAUUUGUAUAUGAACGUUGCGGUAGCUACCAAUAACGAUAUGGUGGACUACCAUGGGUCAGAUCUUGUGCAGUGGGACAAAGUGCAUCAGCUGCAUGUGAAAAGAGCCCUCCAACUUGGCGAGCUGAAGCAGCGCUUACAGAAGGAGAAGAUAGUUCGCGAUGCGGGUCAAAUGAGAUUAUGGAAAUGCUCGAUUCGCCACAACGACACAACACGGCCGGAUUCCCUUGUGGCGAACGGGAAUGACUCACACCCCAUCACAGAUGCAAAUGCAAGAGAUCCUCUGACACAAAGUGUAUACAAUGUCGGACUGCAUCCCGGUAGGCACGGGUUUUAUGGACAGGAACAGGUGGUGCGCAUGUACGCGGAAGAUUUUACGUCCCCUUUCUGCCUCGGGGCAGGUCAAGCUUACUCCGAGCACAUGAAGCGGCUUCGCGAAGUGAAUACAGAUAGGCUAAAUACGACAGAGAUCGUGAAUAACAGUCCCUGGACCACUGAAAUGGAAACUGGCUCGAAUAGGCCACCGAACACUGUGCAAUGGCCAAAUUUUCCGCUUGUGCAUGGCAAAGAAGUUCUCCUUUUCGCAAAGUAUUACUGCCCCACACCCUCUCCGCGCCUGCAGUGGCUCGGUCAUUUUGUUGUCGAUAGAAGCAUGCCAGUCCGUGACGUUCAUCCGUUACUGAGACAAGCACUGGAGUCAUUUCGGAGAAGAGAUGCUUCACUUCGCGACCUUGACGAAGGAGCAGGAAUUGUAGUCUUCGAAGAGGAGUCCGCGGAAAAAAUUGCGCAUCUCAAUGAGAACAAAUCGCUUGCGGACCACAGAAUUCCGUACGAUACUGGAAGUGGUGACAUUUUGGUAUUUCAACAAAAAGGAAAAAUUAGGAGGAAAGAGUCAGAGCCUGUCUUAAUGCAUGACGUCGAAUGGGACGGCUACCAGGAGCCCAGUCGAGGUGAUUUGACCGACCGUCCUCUCGGGGGGCGGCCACUUCCUACUGUGAACCACUAUUUUGAAUAUCUCGCUUAUCGCGUCAAAAUAGAGUUCAAGGAUAAGAAUUCUAUCGGUUCAGCGCAAUAUCCAACCUCGAAGUUCUUUGAGAUGUUAAGAAAGGAUUCUUACUACACUGCCAGAAAGGUGUUGGCGGGAGAGCUUGGGAAAGACGUAGAUCCGGACUACUUGAGAUUUUUCGCUCACGAUCUUACAAGGGGAACCGCAGCUCAAGAACCUCUUCUGCUUCGUCGAAAUGAGGAGCUGCGUAAAGUCUUGCCAAUGCACAGCAUGGAAAACGUCGUCGCGCAACCUGAACAUAAAAUUUUAUGGUACGAGAGGACUGAGUAUCACAUUUCAGAGUUUGACUCGAAGGAUGAAGUCAGAGUGGUAUGGCGGCAGGACGGCGGGGCUCGAGCCACUCCGUAUAGCAGUGUCGCGGAUACGAGUAAUGCUCGCGUGAUCAGUGACAACAUCAUCAGGGCUGAUGUCAGCUUGUCAAUCGCCGGCGAGGGACACGGACGGCUGAGGAAGACUGCGACAAAGCCAAAUGGGCAGCACUCACCUAUUGUGAUUCCCCCUGAUCAAAGUAAGUCGUUUUCUGUACUUGUUCCUAUGUCUGCGAAAUAUAUCGACGUCAUGGAUCAAGUCCGCAGUAAGCUCAAAAUUCCAGCUGAAGUGAGGAUAAGGAUGUGUGAAGUCAAGCAGAGCAAGAUCUUCCGGAUUAUUGAUCCAAGUGACCCGCUCCCGCCGCUCAUGACAGGAAAUCAUGACUGUGUUGCAGAGUUGCGUGCCGAACCGGUACCCGAGGAUGAAACAGAAGAUGCCCUAGGGUCUGAAUACGAGCUUAUGACGGUUUUGCAUUUGCCGAAAGAUAAACCGUCACGGCAGUGGAAGGCCUUGACCUUCUUUGGUGUUCCAUUCGUAAUCAAGGUUCGCAAAGAAGGGGAAACCGUUAACGCAAUUCGGAAGAGAAUACAAGAGAAACUUGGCGUGCCACAGGAAGUGUUCGACCAAUGGCCGUUGGCGGAAGUUGUACAGUUGAAGGUUCAUUAUCUUGACGAGGAGGACGAUAUCUAUCAUCCACACGCGAGGGAGCCGAUGGGAUUCUGUUCCCUGGCAAUCGAACACAAGAGUACGGCUCCAGUGAAGAAAGUAACAUCCGUGAUGAGUCGGUAUGCAGAUAAACCUUUAAAGAUCCGUAGUUAG